GAAUACUAUUCAAAAUCAACCAUCUGACCUAAAUUCAUGCUCAAACAUAACAUCACUGCCCACUCCAUGCCAUAUUUAAUUAAAAGCCCUUGAGACUCCCUUUAUAACCAAGAUCAAAAAAACCCAUUAAAAGUCAUUACAAUAGUAAUAAAAAAUAGGUGUAUAUAUUAAAUGGUGAAUAAUUCAUAAGAUACCAAUUUUAAUAAUUGUUGUCUUCCUGAAUAUUUUUCAAUUUAUAUCAAAAGAAAUUUACUUCACUUUUACUAAUGUAAUCUUUUCGAUUGAUAUAAUUAAAUUUGAAUACAGCAAUCGAAGGAAAAGACUGGAACAAAUUGUAUUCUCUUUAGUUUACUGUGAAAUAUGCAUCUAAACUUAGUAUUAGUUUAAAUAACGAUGAUAUAAAAGGUUCAUUAAAAUUACAAUUAUAGAAAUCUGUAUUAACUAUUCAAAGGAAAUCUAACAUUCUAGUGGAAUAUUUAACUUGGUAUGAUAAAAAAGAAAAUCAUAAGAGUUUGUUCUAUGAUGAACAGUAAUUAAGGACUUCUAGAGAAUUAAUUAAUUCUUUUUUUAUAAUUAGACUAUUACUUAAUACAACAUGUUGAUUCAAACAGUACACAUUAAAUAAAUUUUAUUCUAACUUGACAUUUGUUUGUAGACUUAGACUAAUUAAAUUAAUUUAUUUGAUAAAAAUAUUAAAUUAUUAAAUGAAUAUAUCUAAUCAAAUGAUAAAACGACUUAUAGCUUUUAAGAAUAGUUAAGGUUGUAGUUGAAAAUUAAGAAUAAGAAAUGAGAUUAUUCAAAAAUUAUAUUUAUAAAGAUUGAGCUUUAA